GACACGUAAAUGUUUUGGAAAGAUGAGCAGCGCCUUCUAAUAUCGGUACAGACUGUCACAAGUAGUUUCCAUGUUGAUACGAGCGGGUAUUUAUGGUGCUAUUUCUUAUGCAUUGAUUAUUCAACAUAGUGAAAAGAUUAACUGUAAGGCGUGUAAUAUUUAAACGAGGGUACGAUAUUAUUAUUUGUUUCCAUUUUAGGUAGAUUGUUAACUUUCUUACCGUCGACAACCUCUUUGUGAGUUUGUUAUGUUUCUCGUGGGAUUUUGUAUUUUUCAUCAAUGAGAUGGGAUCAAGCGACAUUGUGAGAGUGUCGUGGGAUUGUGUUCUUGCUUUUCUUAAAAAUACAACUCCAUAAACCUGCUGGAAAGCUUGGUUUCUCUGCCAUGGAGUCUAUUGGGAAGUUUGAGUUCAGCAGGAAAGACCUUAUUGGUCAUGGAGCCUUUGCAGUCGUGUUCAAAGGCAGACACAAACAGAAACGUCACUGGGAAGUUGCCAUAAAGUGCAUCAACAAGAAAAACCUGGCCAAGUCACAGUCACUGCUUGGUAAAGAGAUCAAAAUAUUAAAGGAACUUAAACAUGACAAUAUUGUUCGACUACUUGAAUAUCAGGAGAUUGGAGGCUGUGUGUAUCUAGUUAUGGAGUACUGUAAUGGAGGAGACCUCGCUGAGUAUCUUCACUCCAAGGGCACCCUAAGUGAGGACACGAUCCGCAUAUUUCUACAGCAAAUAGUUCAAGCCAUGAAAGUCCUACAGGGGCAAGGCAUCCUGCACAGAGACCUCAAACCCCAAAACAUUUUGUUGUGCCAUGGUGAAGGACGAAGAACAAGCUCUCUCAACACCUGCAUCAAAAUAGCUGACUUUGGGUUUGCUAGGCACCUCCAGACAAACACUAUGGCAGCCACAUUGUGCGGCUCUCCCAUGUACAUGGCGCCGGAAGUCCUCAUGUCCCAGAACUAUGAUGCAAAAGCAGAUCUGUGGAGUAUUGGAACCAUUGUUUACCAGUGUCUGACAGGAAAGGCCCCAUUUUACGCCAGCACACCACAGGAGCUCCGUCUUUUCUAUGAAACCAACAGGACCCUCUUACCCAGCAUACCAAAGGAGACAUCUAGUAACCUACGACAUCUCUUGUUUGGACUGUUGCAGAGAAACCCUAAAGAUCGCAUGACCUUUGAUGAGUUUUUCCACCAUCCUUUCAUAAAAAUGGACUCAUCAUCCAGAAAAUGUACACCAACUACAGUGAUGUCAUACCCAAGCAGUGGCUCUUCCAGUUAUGGCUCCUUAGCCUCGCGUCCUGCCUCCUCUCCAGACCCUUCAGGAUUCCCUGAACAGACAGGAGCUGAAGAAGAUCAUAAUAGGAAUGUUUCAUCCUUCACAGACGAAUAUGUCAUGGUGCCGACCCAAUCUCCCAGUGAAUACAUAAGUGAUGUGGAAUCUGAAUCACCCAUUGCAAGUUGUCUGAUCAAUAGUGGAGGCUCAUUGGUGUUGGAUGUCAAUAAAACAACACUAGGUAGGACACCACCACGUUCUCCGCUCCUUUCCCAUCCCUGUACUUCUGACAACAAACCUUUGACUGCCACUCCUCGCAAGUGGAACCGUUCCUUGCCCAUUCCUGUGCCCACUCAGAUUCACAAUUAUCAGCGAAUGGAACAGAACCUGCAGCCAGCAGGUUUGCAUGGCUCUACCAGAGUCAAGCUUUGUUGUGCUAAAAACAGCAGUCUGCCUUCAGAACCACAGCAAUCUUCUCCUGAAGAUGGUGCUACACCACAAGUCCUUGAGCCGACAUUACCGCUCGGCACCAGGACUUUGUUGCUACCUGAUAUAAAAGAUGGUCUACUGGGGGCCCCCAGUAACUUGCACAAAAGGAGAAGAACAGUUGGGGACUUGCCAUCACUUCGCCAGUGUCUUCCCUGUAAUAACAACGAAGGGCAUAUUAAAAGAGCAAUAAGCACUGCCAGAUUAUCUGACAUGCUUCUGAAAGCAACAUAUGAAGCUACUGUUUUGGAUGGAGGAUCACAGGACAGCCUAUUUGAGACUGAUAUGGAUGGCUCCCCUGUAACUGUCUUCACAAUUGAGUCCCCAAGACGAGCAAGUGUUCCAGCUGACACAAGGCUGCUACAUGCUGGCUCACCCAACUAUAAGAGCUCUCCCUGGCUGAGCAGUCGCCCCCUUCAGAAAGGAAAUCGUAGAAAUAGUGAAACUGAAGAUAUGGAUGACAGUCCACUGACCAAUGUGGUGUUUCAUCUUCCACAGCUUCCUGAAGAUACACUGAUGGAGCAAUCCCAUACAGAUUCCCUGAACAAUCUACGUUUUACUCUGGCUUUUGUCCACUGCAUUAUGGAAUUGGCCAUGUCAAAGGAUCCAACUUUGAAUACAACCAGCAGUCCUGAUGUGUCUUUUUUGGAGCAGAGCAUAUUGACCGAUCAAAUCACCCUAUUAAGUCGAGAGUGGAGUUAUGCCAGUCAAUUAGUGCUGUACAUGAAGGCUGAAGAUUUUCUUUCAUCAGCCUUACAUUCUGCCAAACAGGAUAUCAAACAAGGCCAACUCCUCCCCUCUGCAACAGUAAAACAAGUAAUUCGGACACUCAAUGACAUGUACAAGUGCUGUGUGUCCUACUGUCGCUCACUCAAUGAUCAACUGCAAAACUUCCUUCUUGAUAAACAGAAGCUCUUUGAUCGCUUUAAUGGACUAACAGCAGAGAAGCUAAUUUAUAGCCACACUGUUCACAUGGUACAGUCUGCUGCUCUUGAUGAAAUGUUUCAUUAUGGGCUAGCUUCGAUACACAGAUACCAUAAGGCCCUUGUGCUUAUGGAGGGCCUUUCAAGAAUCCUCACAGAAAAAAAUGACAUUGACAGUGUGGAGAAAUGUAAGCAGUGCAUUGAGCGGCGCCUGUCAGCUCUUCACACCUGAUGUUCUAUGUGUAUGUCCAGAAAUAUUUGCCGUUUUCAGUCCUUUUGCUGAUUCAAGCACUUUAUCACAGGAACUGACCGUGUAGCUUAUGUUAAUUUCCCUUGUAUGGCUUUUGAUUUAUAUUUUAUUAUGCAGGGCAUACUUGAACUCAGUUGUUGUAGCCUAAUUAUUUAAUUACUAAAUAUGAAUCAAGUUAAUAAUAUAAUGUGUUAGAUUUGUGUUUAGCAUUUUGCACAGGCAUACAUCUGAGAAGGUUUUAAGUGGAGUUUACUUGAAACAAAAUGUUUAUUGUACAGUAUUUAUUUUUAACUGAACUGAGCAGUGGAAUUGUACUUGAUUAUGUGUGUUGUCACUUUCAAGUUUGGUUAAAUUCAGUCUCACACUAACUCUGGCGGUGUGCUGUUCCUUUUGCAAUUAUAUUUUUUGUUUUAUUGUGAAAAUAAACAUUUUACCCAUAUUUGUA